AUGUUCAAAUUAUUUUCCUGGAAAUCUUUAAUUUCAUCAUUUGUGGUUUUCAAAGGGAUAUUUGAGUUAUAUUUACAAAAAAGACAAUUUCAAAAAAUUUCUAAAAAUCAUGAAAUUACUACAAAUCUUCAAGGAUUUGAUCAACUGAAAAUUGCAAAAGGGAUUCAAUAUUCUUUACUCAAGUUAAAAUUCAAUGGUUUUAAAAUUAUAUAUGAAUCUAUUAUUGAAUUAAUAAUUGUUAAAUUUAAUUUAUAUUAUAAAAUUUGGUCAGUUAGUGGAUGGUUGUUGAAACAAAAUAAUGUUGUAGUUGAAAAUCAAACAAUAUAUUUAAGUCAAACUAUUUUAUUCAUAACAUUAUCUAGUUUUUUAAUAUUAAUAUUUGAAAAAUUACCAAUGAAUUAUAUAGAUUAUUUUAAAAUUGAGAAAAAAUUUGAAUUUUUUAAAUCAGGGAUUUUGAAAUGGAUCAUGUUUGAAUGUUCAAUGACUUUAUUGCAAUUAUUCAUUGACAUUUUAGGAAUCAUAGUUUGUUUAAAAUCAUUUCAGUUAUUCAAUUUUGAAAUUGAGAUUUUUAAAUUACUGAUUAUUACUAUUUUAUUUGGUUGUUUUGUAUUAUUCAUUUAUCCAACUUUAUCAAGUUUUAUAACUAAACAAAAUGAACUUCCAGAAGGUGAAUUAAGGAAAAAAAUUGAGGAUUUUACUAAGGAUCAAAAUUUUGAAUUGAAAAAAAUCUAUGUUGCUGAAGUAUCAUCUACAACUUCACAUUCUAAUGCAAGUGUUGAAGGGAAUCCAUUAAGUGGUCUGGUUCAUUUGACAGAUACUUUGGUGGAUUCUUUUACUGAUAAGGAAAUUUUAGCAGUUGUUGCUCAUGAAUUAGGUCACGUCAAAUUUGGUCAUAGAGUAAAAGGAAUGAUUUUAGUCUAUGUUGAAAUCAUUAUAUCACUUUCAGUAUUAAAACUCUUUUAUAAUGAUGAUUCAAUUUAUAGAUCAUUUGAUUUCAACAACAAGCCAAUAUUUAUUGGGCAUUUAAUAGUCAAAAAGAUUUCAAUUCCCAUAGAUUUAAUCUUCAAAAUUUUAAAAAAUUAUUUACAACAAAAUUUUGAAUAUCAAGCUGAUUCAUUUGCAACGAAUUGUGGUUAUAAAGAAUCAAUAAAAAACGCAUUAAUUCGACUUACUGAUCAAAAUUUAUCAACUACUUCUGAUGAUUGGUUAUAUUCUAGUUUUUAUAAUAGUCAUCCUAGUAAGAUUGAUCGAUUAAACGCCAUUGAUAAAAAUUAG